UCCACAAGGGAAAACAUUGUUUAUGUCCACUGCAUACCACACAUGCAGCAUAAUUAUGUGAUUGUGUUAUCUUGGGCCAUAAUUACACCCUAUAUUAAACUGACAGUUUCUGAAAAGAUGCGUCGACUCAUUAUUAUACUCAGUCUAAUUGCUGCACUAAUGCAACAAAGUGAUGGCUAUUCAUCAGGAGCUCCACCAGAGGCCUGUUCUACCUUACAGCCAAACCAUGAUGGAGCUUCAUCACAACCAGCGGAAACAAACCCAUAUGAGCUAGCAAUCGAAGAAUUUCUUGCUCCAAGCAGUGUGUAUCAAUAUGUGCCUGGGGUCACUUACACAGUGAUACUACAAGCCAACAAGUCAAAUGUGGUGAGUUUCAAAGGCUUUCUAAUUCAAGCAAGAAAGAUCAGGUUUCCUGACAAUGUUACUGGCAUUUUUAAUUCUUCAAACACCAACGAGUUUGGUUUUCAGAGUUGCGAUCAAGCUCAGUACCCCCUCGGCAGUGCAGUUACGCAUGUGAAUGGGAGCAGUAAGAUGAAUGUUACGUUUAAAUGGACAGCUCCCCCAAAAGGCUCGGGUCCAGUAUACUUUGUAUACACAGUGGUACAGUCAAUGCAAAUCUUUUGGGCUGAUUUGAGAACUCCUGAAAUAAAUGAACAUCCCUGUGAACCACCGGAAUACUUAUUGACAGCUCACUGCACGGACGUGUGCCCCUUUGGUUCCUAUGGAGAUCAUACAACAGCAACUUGCCAACAAUGGCCAGCAUCAUCUCUACUGGUAACUAAUGCCACAGCCUAUUAUUUGACUCUCGAUGAGGCUGAUGUUGUAGUUGGUAGAGGAGUAUUGAAUUACACAGUGAUAGUGAAUGAAUCAGCUUUUGAUAACAUAGUGGGUAUAUUUUUGACAAUGUUACAAACCGAAACAAUUCAGAAUAUAUUUAGAUAUGACAGUGGUUCUAGAGAAAAGAAUUAUCCGGUUUCAUCACUUGCAAGUUUAGACAGACAAAACAAUUUCAUUGUAAUUCAAGAACAGAUCUUUCUUCGUGAUACGAUUCCUGUUCAACUGUUCAGUGACAAUUUGGCCAUUUUCAGUCUAAAUCUGAAUGCAGUGGUAUUUGGGAGUCUAGCAGACAGUAUUGAUGUAUCCACGGAUAUUGAUACUUCUUUGUUUGUUACAAUCACUAGGACGUCAGGUCCAUGUCAAGAUGUAACCUGCUUCAAUGAAGGAAUUUGCAGAGCACUAAACAUAAGUGGAGAAUUCAAUUUCACAUGUAACUGUCAUCCGGCAUACACAGGUCAAUUCUGUGAGACAUUAUUUGACCCAUGUGUUCUUAGCCUUUGCCUUAACAAUGCAACCUGUGAGAACAUUGGCACUACAAACUACACGUGCAACUGCACUAUUGACUUUACUGGUGAGAAUUGUGAGAUUGAAAUAGAUCAAUGUUCCUUAAUCCAAGGAGUCUGUAACAAUGGCACGUGUAUCGAUGGAUUUGGUAUUUUCUCUUGUGAUUGUAUCGAUGGAUUUAUUGGAGAAUUUUGUGAAACUGAAAUUAAUGAAUGUGUCGCUAGUCCCAGCUGUCAAAAUGGAGUGUGUAUAGAUGACAUCAACAGCUUCACAUGUGAUUGUUACCCAGGCUGGUUUGGUGACUUUUGCGAGAACGAUAUAGAUUAUUGCUCAUUUGGUCCAGCUCCGUUUGGUCCCUGCAGUGACUUUGGUAGCAGUGCGUGUAUCGAUGGAAACAUAACAUUUUCUUGCACUUGUUUGACAGGUUUCACAGGAUAUACGUGUGCUGUUGAUAUCAAUGAAUGUGAUGAGUUCCCUUGCUUGAAUAAUGCAACCUGUAACAACCUACUUAAUGGAGCCUACACUUGUGAUUGUACCCCAGACUACACUGGUCUUAACUGUGGUAUACCUCUGUUCCCAUGUAACGAUGUACCUUGUAUGAAUAAUGGUACUUGUAUUGAUGCUGGCCUUGGAAAUGGAACUUUCUCUUGUAUGUGUGCUAUUGGUUUCACAGGAAAUGCUUGUCAAGCAGACCUCGGGUUUUGUACUGAUUCAACUUGUAUGAACAGUGGUGUUUGUGUAGAAGGUGUGGGAACAAUGACAACUUGUGAAUGUUUUGAAGGAUUUUCCGGUCAAAAUUGUGAGCUGGAUCUCCCACUUUGUGACCAGGACUCUUGUCACAAUGGUGGAACAUGUAUUGAAGGCAUUGGUAUCCAUAUUUCCUGUAACUGUACUAUCAACUAUCGUGGAAAUCAGUGUGAAACAGAAAUUUGUUUUGAGAAUAGCUGCAGCUUUAAUGGAAACUGUUCUGAAACCAAUGGUGAGCCUAUUACAUGUGAGUGUAGUGAGGGCUUCAAUGGUCUGAGAUGUGAGAUUGAUCUUGAUUACUGUCAGCCAACCACUUGUGCAAAUGAAGGCACUUGUAUCGAGGGAGAAGGAUCAAGAAUCAAUUGCAUUUGUUUGGAUGGUUAUUCUGGGAACGUUUGUGAUCAAGAUGAUUCAUCUUUCUUUGCCUGCACCAGUAAUAGCUGUGAGAACAAUGGAACCUGUGUAGAGGAAUUCGGCGUAAUGUUUAGCUGUUUGUGCCUUGCUGGUUUUUUGGGGAGCCGAUGUGAAACUGAUACGCUAGAUUUGUGCAAUUCGGUUUUUGGAAUAUCAUGUACCAAAGCUACGAUUGGUGGUGUGGUUGCUAUAGCUAUUGGUGCUUUCUUGCUAAUAUUGUUUCUGGCAACAUUAAUGCUACUAUUAGUAUUGUGGUGCAAACUUCAUCAAAAGAAGAGAAUUUGUAAUGUGGCAGGACUACCAGUGGUAGGAGGUAUUAUGAUAUCGAACCCUAUCUAUGAGAGUAAAGUUGAAGGCGCUCAAAACCAAGACAAAAUGAUAUCAAAAAGAUGAUUGAUAUGCAGAAACUUUGACUCGUACACAAAAAUGGAGAAUGAAGAACCCUACAUUACUUAUACUUAUUAGCUUACCAAUGCAGUUCUUAUUUCUAUCACACUCCAUCGAACCUUUAUGUUAAUCUAUAUUUACAAUUUGGUGUGUAUAAAACAUAGUACACAUUCUGUCAUUGUAAUCACCCAUUUUGUUACAGGUGAUACACACAUGCAAAUUGGGAUAGCAAUUAUUUUGAAGUACGAGUUGUUUUGUAAUAUUGUUUCUGAUAACGUA